AUGGCAGGACGUCUAGCUCUGCGAUCAGCCAAGGCAACGGCUCUUCGGGUGUUCCUUAGGUCCAACACAGCUAGUCUGGACUUAAAGAGAAGUGCAGUUGGAAAUGCACCAGCUUCUGUUCCUCGUGAGAGCAUCAGGACUGAGGCUGACCUCCCUGAGAUCACCCUUCCCACAAUUCUUUACAGGCUGAUCUUUAAAGGGUAUUACAAUCGCAUGCAUGAGCUGCAGUUAUAUGAAAAACAGCUUUAUGGCCCUAUGUAUAAAAUAAGAGAUGGCAACGGGCAAAAAAUUGCACUGAAUAGUGCAGAGCUGCUGGAGGAGCUGAUGAGGAAAGAUGAUAAAUUCCCUUGCAGAGCAGACACGACUGUCUGGACUGAAUACCGAGAUAUGAAUGGUUUGGGUUACGGUCCUAUCACUGAAGAAGGAGAGAAAUGGUACAAACUCCGAUCGGUGUUGAACAAACGUAUGCUACAUCCGAAGGACACUGUGAAGUAUGAGAAUGUGGUUAAUGAGGUGGUCACAGAUUUUAUCAAACGGAUAUGCCAUUUACGCAAGAUGAGCUCCACUGGAGACCUGGUACCCAACAUGUCCAAUGAGCUGUACCGUUUCUCUCUAGAAGGAAUCUCCAGCAUUCUGUUUGAGACUCGUAUUGGCUGUCUGGAGGAUAAGAUUCCAGCAGAGACUCAAAACUUCAUUGACGCCAUUGCCCAGAUGUUCACUUAUAUUAUGGCUGUGUCUCUGCUACCCAAGUGGACACGGAAUUAUUUGCCAUUCUGGCGGCGUUACAUAAGUGGUUGGGAUGGAAUCUUCAGAUUUGCCUUCAAGCUAAUUGACAGGAAGCUGGAGGACAUUCAGAUGUGCCUGGAUAAAGGUCAGGAAGUUGCAGGAGACUAUCUCAGUUACUUGCUCUCCAACACCAACAUGAGCAAGAAGGAUGUGUAUGGGAGCAUUGCUGAACUGCUCCUGGGUGGAGUGGACACAACAUCCAACACUAUGAUGUGGGUCUUGUAUCUCCUGUCACAAGAUCCAAAGGCACAGGACACGCUGUAUCAGGAAGUUAAGAGCAUCAUCAGUGGGGACAAAAUUCCAACAGCUGAGGACAUAAACAGCAUGCCCUACCUCAAGGCUGUCAUCAAGGAAACUCUAAGAAUGUACCCAGUUGUUCCCACAAAUACACGCCUUUUAUCAGAAAAUGUGAUUAUUGGAGGACAUUUCUUCCCUAAGAAGACCAGCUUUGAAGUGCAUCAUUAUGCAAUCAGUCAUGAUGAGACAAUAUUCCCUGAACCAAGAGUCUUCAAACCUGAACGCUGGUUACGGGAUGAGAGGGAGCGACCGAGACCAUUUGGAUCCAUUCCAUUUGGAUUUGGAGUGAGAGGUUGUGUUGGUAAACGUAUUGCUGAACUGGAGAUGCACUUGGCUCUGGCAAGGAUAAUAAAGCGGUUUGAAAUCAAGCUGGAUCCUAAAGUCGGAGAGGUCAAAGCUGUCCGUCGUAUUGUGCUUGUGGCAGACAGAACAGUCAAUUUCCAUUUUCUGGAGCGGAAAAAUAUAACCACUUAAAGCCGCAUUGAGUGUUACCAUCCAUCAUUUAACAUCCAUCAGACCGUAGUGUCAUUAUAUUGCCAAAUUCAUAAACGAGGCACCUGAAUAGUGUGGUGUUUGGCCAAAAAUGGCCAAAUGCACAGAGACCAUUCUGUCACCUGUAAGGAACGCAAGCCCAGUCAUUCUAGCAAUCUUUGUGUAAGUACACUCUGUAAUCACAUUGUGUAUACGUAUUGAUGCAAAAGAAA